AUGAGUGAUCACGAUUCUCUAAGUAGUGGUACACCUCCUACAACAGCAUCAUCAACUGUAACUACGUCUCCUACAUCAAAAACAAGUGAUGCUUCGUCGUCUACAACAGCAUCACCAACUGUAUCUACAACAUCUCCUACAACAAAAUCAAGUGAUGCUUCGUCUUCUUCAACAGCAUCACCAACUGUAUUAACAACAACUCCUACAACAAAAACAAGUGAUGCUUCGUCUUCUACAACAGCAUCAUCAACUGUAUCUACAACAUCUUCUACAACAAAAUCAAGUGAUGCUUCGUCUUUUUCAACAGCAUCACCAACUGUAUUUACAACAACUCCUACAACAAAAUCAAGUGAUGGUUCGUCUUCUACAACAGCAUCACCAACUGUAUCUACAACAUCUUCUACAACAAAAACAAGUGAUGCUUCGUCUUCUUCAACAGCAUCACCAACUGUAUUUACAACAACUCCUACAACAAAAUCAAGUGAUGCUUUGUCUUCUACAACAGCAUCAUCAACUGUAUCUACAACAUCUCCUUCAACAAAAUCAAGUGAUUCUUCGUCUUCUACAACAGCAUUACCGACUAUAUCUACAACAUCUCCUACAACAAAAUCAAGUGAUGCUUCGUCUUCUACAACAGCAUCACCGACUAUAUCUACAAUAACUCCUACAACAAAAUCAAGUGAUGUUUCGUCCUCUACAACAGCAUCACCAACUGUAUUUACAACAACUCCUACAAUAAAAUCAAGUGAUGCUUCGUCUUCUACAACAGCAUCUCCAACUGUAUCGACAACAUCCCUUACAACAAAAACAAGUGAUGCUUCGUUUUCUACAACAGCAUCACCAACUGUAUCUACAACAUCUCCUACAACAAAAUCAAGUGAUGCUUCGUCUUCUACAACAACAUCAUCCACUGUAUCUACAACAUCUCCUACAACAAAAUCAAGUGAUGCUUCGUCUUCUACAACAGCAUCACCAACUGUAUCUACAACAUCUCCUACAACAAAAUCAAGUGAUGCCUCGUCUUCUACAACAGCAUCAUCCACUGUAUCUACAACAUCUCCUACAACAAAAACAAGUGAUGCUUCGUCUUCUACAACAACAUCAUCCACUGCAUCUACAACAUCUCCAACAACAAAAUCAAGUGAUUCUUCGUCUGCUACAACAGCAUCAUCCACUGCAUCUACAACAUCUCCUACAACAAAAUCAAGUGAUGCUUCGUCUUCUACAACAGCAUCACCAACUGUAUCUACAACAUCUCCUACAACAAAAUCAAGUGAUGCCUCGUCUUCUACAACAGCAUCAUCCACUGUAUCUACAACAUCUUCUACAACAAAAACAAGUGAUGCUUCGUCUUCUACAACAACAUCAUCCACUGCAUCUACAACAUCUCCAACAACAAAAUCAAGUGAUUCUUCGUCUGCUACAACAGCAUCAUCAACUGUAUCUACAACAACUACUACAACAAAAUCAAGUGAUGCUUCGUUUUCUACAACAGCAUCACCAACUGUAUCUACAACAUCUCCUACAACAAAAUCAAGUGAUGGUUCGUCUUCUACAACAGCAUCAUCAACUGUAUCUACAACAACUCCUACAACAAAAUCAAGUGAUAGUUCGUCUUCUACAACAGCAUCAUCAACAGUAUCUACAACAUCUUCUACAACAAAAUCAAGUGAUGCUUCGUCUUCUUCAACAGCAUCAUCAACUGUAUUUACAACAUCUUCUACAACAAAAUCAAGUGAUGCUUCGUCUUCUUCAACAGCAUCACCAACUGUAUUUACAACAACUCCUACAACAAAAUCAAGUGAUGCUUCGUCUUCUACAACAGCAUCAUCCACUGUAUCUACAACAUCUCCUACAACAAAAUCAAGUGAUGCUUCGUCUUCUACAACAACAUCAUCCACUGCAUCUACAACAUCUCCAACAACAAAAUCAAGUGAUUCUUCGUCUGCUACAACAGCAUCAUCAACUGUAUCUACAACAUCUCCAACAACAAAAUCAAGUGAUGCUUCAUUUUCUACAACAGCAUCAUCAACUGCAUCUACAUCUUAUACAAUAAAAACAAGUGAUGCUUCCUCUCCUAUAACAAAUACAAGUGAUGAUUUCACAAAAGGUGAAACAACAACUCUAACAGUAGUAACAACAAGUGAUACUAUAUCUCAAGGAGGUCCUGGGAAUAACGAAUUUCCCGUAGAACCCAUCAUUGUUGCAGGAGCAGUUUUCCAGAUUCAUUUCAUUUUUAUGUUUAGCGGUAACGUUUUUGGUGAUCCAAACUUCACGGAAUCCUUGGAAGAUCAGGGGCGGAUUCAUGAAUUGAAGUGGAGGGGGGCGCAAGACUUAGGCAGGGGGUCUGAGGGCCGCCUUGAGGCCCCCAGUGGGUCCCGGAAGCUCAUGGAUUCCAGUGGUUUUGUAGGAAUUUCUCCAUUAACAAACCCCAGGAGGAGGGAAAAACGAAAUAGACAUCUUAUAGAUGAUAACAGCAAUACUGAUGGAAACCAGACUUUAGAACAAAGGGUAAAUACAUCUGUUAAAAUAGACGUUGACAUUAGCGUGGCAGACUUGAGAGGUAAACAACUGAGUUUGGUAAAUCUUGGACAGGCAGUGACAGACAGCAUACAAUCCAAUCUGACCAAACUGAAUACAACUGCUGGAAAAGUCUUAAAUGACCUGGAUGACAUUAUAUCAAGUCUACGCAACCAAACAGAAGGUAAAACUGAGUGUGAUGCUAUUCCUGUUGAAAAACUUUGUUUUCCGGGAUACGACUGUACGCCUACUGCAUCAAACUACACCGCUGAAUGUGUCCAUAAAUGUACCUCUACGGGAUUGACCUGUAGGAACAAUGGACACUGUUAUUUUGACACCGUAGUCCAGCAGACUGCUUGCAGUUGUCAAAAGAGUUUAAUGACGAUUUAUUACGGACCCGAAUGUGAAGAGAGGACUGGGAGAUUUGAAUACGUUGUUGGCCUGUCUGUCGGUAUCGUUGGAGGAUUGGUUCUCAUAAUUCUACUUACAGUCUGCUGCAGACGUAUCUCUAAGCACGAAAAGACUGACAGGGGAAAAUUUGCAGAAUGUGAAACAGAUGUUUUAAAGAAUAGAUUUGAACUUAAUGAGCUGAAUUCCGAGAUAUCCAUGGUAGAAUAUCCAGAGCCAUACAAAUAUUCUGGAGCUCUAGGUGUUACAAACAAGGUGUAUGAGCAAUUUGGACGUCAAAGAAAGUAUAUUUCUGAUAUGUACGUACCAAAGAAAACACUGUCUUUCCCCCAAAGUCCUUAUUUGAGUGAUCCAGGGGCAGUAGGAAAUAUUGGUACAUUUAAAGAUUUCUCUAUAAAGAGGCCUCAAGUUUUCAAUAAUCCAGUGAAUGACCUGGACAGUCCAUACUACAGACCGCAGACACAACAACGUCCCUAUAGCCAGAUAUAG